AUGAGUUUAAACGACAUCCAGGUGCCUGUAGAGGUCGAUCCAAAUGAAGAUACAGAGUGGAAUGACAUUCUUCGUGCCAAGGGCGUUAUCCCAGAAAGACCAAAGUCUCCAACAGAAGAGCUAGAAGAGGCUUUAGAACAAGCUGUUAAGGCUCAACAUGAGAACCGUCUUGAGACGAAAACCAUGGGAGAGCUCGAUGAGCUUGAAGACGAAGAAGACGAGGAUUUCUUGGAGAUUUACAAGCAAAAAAGAUUCGAAGAGCUUCAACAGUUGCAGCAAAAACUGAAGUUUGGAUCCGUCCAACACGUUACCAAGCCAGAGUACGCUGACGAGGUGACCAAAGCCUCCAAAGACUGUUUUGUGUUUCUUCACAUGCUGGCCCAGCUGGCCGUGCAAUCACGUCUUCUUGGGCUGCAUACCAUUGAGUUGGCACGUAAGUUCCCAGAGAUCAAGUUCUGUGAGAUCCCUGCUAACAGAUGUGUGGAGAACUACCCAGAGCUGAACUGCCCAACAUUAAUUAUAUACCACAAAGAGCAGAUCGCUCAGCAGUUUGUCACGUUGACGCAGUUGGGUGGAAGUGAUUGUAAGUUGAAGGACUUGGAGAAGGUGCUUGUUGAGGUUGGUGCAGUGAAGGAUGCUGAUGAGAGAUUGGAAAUUAAUCAGAACGAGGAGGACUUGGAGGAGUCCAGAAGAACGAGGUUUGUGCAGAAGGGUAUCCGUGGCCCAGCGAUCGGUGGUGACGACGAAGAUGACGAUUUUUACGAUUAA